GAGCGUCAUAGAUUGAGCAGGAGGACCCGGAAGAAUCCUCGACACGGGAGAAUCUUGAAACUGAGUGAGAGCAAGUGGACUGGGACGAGGACGAGGACAUCCCGAGUGCCUGCGCUGGUCCAUACCCCCCCGGGUGGGCUGGGUCGGUCAGUCCGUCUCCAGAGGCUGAUCCCCGGGAGCGUGAGAGCAUGGGCGCCUCGCCGUCGCUGUCCGCCAGGGAGAUCCGCAACCUUGCCGACUCCACCAGCUUUUCUUCAGAGCAAAUUGAAAUCCUGCACAGAAGGUUCCUACAUCUCACUGAUGGGAAGACUACAAUGAGCAGAAACAGCUUUGACAAUGUUCCAGAUUUGGACACUAAUCCCAUUAAAUCAAGAAUCGUAAAUGCAUUUUUUGACGGGAGAAACCUGGGCUUACGGUCGAAAGAAAGAGUUGAUGAAAUCACAUUUGAAAACUUCCUGACCACGUUGUCGUUUUUCCAACAUGUGGAGGAUACCCACCCAAAGGAAGACUUGGAGUUCUGCAAAGUUGAAAAACUUAAAUUUUUAUUUCGCAUGUACGACACUAAUGGAGAUGGAAAAAUCACUUUGGAAGAAUUAAGAGAGAUUGUGGAUGAAUUAUUAUCCAAGAAAACUACUACGGAUCUUACUUCCUCGUCAAUAGCAGACGCUGCAAUGUUGGAGGCUGCAAACAUCUGUAUGGGACAAACGGAAACUGAUGAACAAUACGACGGAAUAACCUUUACUGACUUCCUUCAGAUAAUGCGAGACCUCAAGAUAGAAUCCAAAAUGCAUGUGCGUUUUCUACAAAUGGACACCACAGCGAUGUGCACACAGUAAAUGAACUGGAAGUGAACAAGCCUGCCGAAAGCAAACAAAUAAUCUGUUGAUUGUGAAUGGGAUGAUGCAGUACAAGUCCAAAGUAACUGUACUCAUCUGUAUUUUUAAAACUUAGAUUUUGUACUUUCAUCCUUGGAGAAAGUUUUAGAAUUUAGAAAAAAUGCAGCUUCUUGGUGAAUCGUUUCUGCUAUUCCAGAGCUCUUUUUGGGCAAUGGUUCUUCCCUCUAUAAUCAGUAAAUAACGCACAAAGUAAUUUUACACAAAGCAUUGUUUAUAAAACAGGCUACACAGUUAUUUUAAUUGAUUUCCAUGCAUUUUCUGAGGUUCUGCGGAUGGGAGCAAUUUAAAGUCAAAUAGUUCAUUUGCUUGUACAGUUACUAAACGAGUUAAGUGACUGCCCUCCCUACAAAAAUGACCUAUUUCCAAACAUUAUUGAUAGCCUAUGCUUCAGUUUAGCGUGCAAUGGAAACAUCACAGCAUGCUAGUCAACUAAUCGCCUAACGCUUAGUCCCUGAGAAACACAACUUUCCUUUCAAAUAAAUCUUGAUAUACCUGAACAUUCAGUUCAACAUGGCUUGUUUAACCUAACCUUGGUAAGAACUGGCAAAUUACUAACAUGCUGAUUCAACCUACUCACUCUUGUACCAUUAAAAGGCUUUGUUGGGGCCUUCCUUUCCCAUCAAGUUGUGGCAGCGCCUUCCAAAAACUGGAUGGGAACGAUGCUCUCCCCAGCCUCUCCUUAUUGGUGCCUAUAAAUUCAGUUGCAUGCACCAUGUUCUUUCCUUUGCACCAUUUUAUUUACAUUUCCCAUUCACCAGAGAUUUUUAUUCCUCUGCCUUCCAGUCUCAAGGGCAUGCAAAUGACUCCUGAAGACCGUUGCCUUUCACCUAUGCUAUUAAUUCCCAGACUGGGAGGAAUUAAUCACCAGCUUUUCCAUUCUAUUCUGUGGGGAGAUUCUAGCUAUGGAUCAGCACUUGCACCUUAAUGCUUGGAGUAGCUGCACUAUAGUGAACCAAUACCACUUUUAUGAAAACAAUCUGAUGAUGGAUACUUUAUUUUUUAUAGUAGUUUGUACUUGUAUGUUUUAUUGCAUUCUUACUAUUUUAAGUACCAGAAUUAAUAAAGAGAUCCUAUUGAUUCUUCAACAUAA